AUGGAUUAUCCAACUCACCAUCAAAUGCUUGUUCCACAAUCAAAUUCUAGAGUAGUUCCUAUACCACAACGUAGGCCUUCUUCAUCUCCCUCACCACAAAGAGAUCGUGAAAGUUCACUACCGAUUACACCUCAAAGGCGAAGUGCAGGAAAUUCUCCAAUGAGUUCAAUAGAAACCAUGGUCACUCAACUUCUUGUUACUACCAAAGCUUUAUUGGAAAGUUUAACUGGUUGGGCGGCGAAACGUGUUAAUCAACAACAGGUUUCUGAUAUAUAUGUAAAACUUGUAAGUGAAUUUAACACUGUUAUACAAUUAUUUUCUCAAACUGGAGUUGAUAUAAGCGAUUUAACAAAUAUUCCAACAAAUUUAAGAGCAUGCUUAGAAAAGGCACUGAGCGAGGAGGCUUCACAAAAUUCUUUAGAGAAACAUCUUCCUACAAUUAAAGAAACAAUAGUGUCAUUAUUAAAAGGAUUAAAAGCAAAACAAGCACUAUACAAACAAAUUCAUAAUCCUCCACCUAGGUGUGAUCUUGUAGUUCCUAAUACAGCUGAUCCAAUGGCUGCAUUAAUACAUACCGAAAAUCUUGAACGCCGUGCAUCUAGAAGAUUUUCUGCAUACACCAUGCAAAAAGGGUCAGGUAAAAGAAUUGCUUCGCGUAUGAAUAAACAGGAAAUUUUAAGACCACCGUCGCCUGAACAUAGAGUUGUAGAGAUGACAAAAGAAGAAAUGCCAACUCCAACAACAAUACUAACAGAUCAAGCUAAUCAGCAUAUUAAUAAUUCUAAAGAUGAAGAAAAGAAAAAAGGAAUUAAAUUAUUUCUUCAAUUAGGCAAUGAAGUUAAAAAAUUACAAUAUGAUGGAGAUAUUAGCAUACCAACGUUAAGAAUAUUAUUUAUUGAAAAAUUUCAAUAUAAUCCAGGAAUGGAUGAUUUUCCUAAUAUCUAUAUAAAAGACCCAAAUGUUGGAAUAAUGUACGAAUUAGAAGAUUUGAAUGAAGUGACAGAUAAUUCAGUGUUGGCUUUAAAUGUUGAAGCCUUAGAACAAAUUAAGAAACAUAUUGAUCAAAAUAUUGGAGAGCUUACUAAAGAGAUUCGAGAGAUAAAGAAAUCAUUUUCGGAGAAUACCAAAUUAUUACGUCACAAUAGUAUUAUUGCAAAUAACACCCCACCCUCACCACGUCCAAGUGAAUCACAUUUUACACAAUUAGCAAAGAAAGUUUUAGAGAAUGUGAAGAAACAGAAAGAUUCUGAUGAUAAGAAAGUGACAGAAGAGCACGUAUUAAAAGUUGCGAAAGAAAUUAAAGAUCAAUAUGACGAAGUACAAAAUCUUCGAAGAGAUUUAGGAGUGAUGAGACAAGUUUACACUGAGUUUCAAGAAAAUUCUAAGAAAACGUUUGAAACAUUAUUGGCCAGGACAGAAAAUUUUAAAAAGGUAGCACUAACGAAAAAUAUUUCAUCUGCAAGAACAUUUAUCGAAGCAGGAAAAGCCAAAGUGGAUAGUAAGACAAGAGCCUUGCUUACCAAGGUUGAUGAUCUUCAAGACCUUAUUGAUAAUCUGAAAUUGGAUGUAGUUCAACGAAGGAGUAAACCUAAAGAUACAAUAAUUCAACAUGUUAAAAAUGAAUCAGCAAGUGUGCGAGAAGAGCUUGCCUCAUUGCAAGAGUAUCUUAAAUCGGUUAAGCCAAUGUGGAAAAAGACAUGGGAAGAUGAGCUGAAUGUGAUUGUUGAUGAACAGAAAUUCCUUAAUCAUCAAGAGGAACUGAUCGAAGAUUUAAUGGAUGAUGAUAAUAAAUUGACAGAAGUAUUUGAACAAAUACUUAAAGUCAUAAAUAUUCAGAUCAAAAACAAAAAAGAAUUUUUUGUCAAACCUCAAGAAGAGGGAUUUGAAGGAUUGAAGACAGUUCUUCAAGAGGUUAAAGGUAUAGCACCAGAUCAUAACAGAAGGUUGAAGGCAUUGGAGCAAGCAGAAAAACAAAGAGAAAUAGAUUUAGCUAAUAGUAUUGAUGAAUUUGAAGCCGAACUUACAUCAUUUGUAUCAGAAAACAAAUUGAAAAAGACAGGAGGAGCUCAAGAAAUAGAAAGAUUGCGUCAAAAGAAGAAUGAGGAAAAUUUAAAAGCAUUAUUUAGUGCUGAAGCAACAACAAUAACAUCAUCAAUAUCGCCACCAUCAUCAUCAAAAAAUGAAGAAGAUAAUAAUUCAUAG